AUGGAGUCACUAGACAACGAUGUGCCGCCGACCGAUCCUCUCCAGGCGCUGCCGAUGGCGGCCUCCACCGCAAGACUGCCAAAGAGGCAGUCCGUGCCGGAGGGUCACCCGCUAUCGCAGUCCGAAACCACCCUGCCGUACCGGAGAUCGAACCCCUCUGUAGCGCCGCUCUUCGCUUCGACACUGACCCCCCCCGGAUCACGAUCGGGUUCCCCCAUGGGGAGGGGCUCACCGGCACGCCCACUCUCCGGCUCGGUCUUUGGAGGCCCAGCGGGACGUUCACUCAUUGACGACGCCUCAGACAGCCCGGGCGACCCGCGUAACCUGAUCAUGAAGGCAUAUGUCCCCCACGUUGCAAUUUAUGCCUCGCCAGACACGGAGGAGCUGGCAAAGGACAAAGGGUUCAAGAACGGCGUGUGGGAACUCUUGCGCCCGUUUGGGGAACAGAUCCAGGGCAAAGUUACCAUCAGAGACAGCAAUGGUGCUAGCAGAUCGUGGGAAGAUUAUUCGGUUCGAUUUGUCAAGUUCGGAGAAAACAUCGAACCACCAGGAGCCGGUGGCGCGAAAGGUGCACAGUCUGCCGUCUCUAACGGACAAUCCGGAUCUGCGUUAGGAUCGAGGAGCAACUACGAGGACGUCGAGAACGUUGUCGAACGCCAUCUCUCUUACGCUGAAGAAUCGUUCCUCAAUACGCCGCACCAUGGGUUGACCAGACAAGGUCUGGACGUGGAGGCCACUUCGCCUUAUUACUCAUUAUAUCUACGAAGGCUGCUAUCUGGCAUCCCCGUGUCACCUCACGAGACUUUUGCGCAUCCGGUAGCUUGCGUAAUUGCUAUCAGUUCACGAAGUCCAUCGCCUAUAGAUGACCUGCGCAAGCUGUACAAUGACACGAGCUCCGGCGAGAACAGACUGCCAGUUUGGGUAGACGGGGACUAUCUUCGAUACUACGUUUUGGUUCACGACGAGGAGCGUGACGAUAUCACGCGAUCACUCGCUCUUUUCGAUCAGAUGAAGCGCCACCUAGGCCUGCAUUGCCAUCUGCUACGCUUACGAAGCACACAGAGCGCCGAGACCGACGACGACAGCAUACCACUUCCCAGGAGUGACUGGAUGUCAGCAGCCGAGGAAAUGGCGGAUAUCCGGCACAGCGAAGACCAGGAAGAUUUUGAGGACCCGACAAGGCACAUCUUUGAAUCGGAUGCGACGGCGAUUAGGACAUUUGUGAGGGAAAUGGUGACGCAGUCUAUUAUCCCCACCAUGGAGCGACAUGUCUCGCUCUGGAACGAUCAAGUAGCAUCUCGUAGGAGAGGUAUUACCGGAAGAUUUAUGAACCUUUCGAGAAAGUGGGGCGGCUUCGGCAGCAGCUCACGAAACUCGGUUGUGGGAGGCAGCAGCUCUUCCAGCGCCUACGACACUCUCGGAUUCUACCGUGCGGACGCGUCCGAGGCGAUCAUGCGGAAACUCGCCGAUUUCGCCUUCAUGCUGAGGGAUUGGAAGCUGGCACACUCGACUUACGACCUCCUGAGAUCCGACUUCAGCGACGCCAAAGCAUGGAAGUACCACGCAGCAGCGAACGAGAUGGCCGCCGCCAGCCUCCUCAUUAUGCCGCAGAGCCUACCCUCCAAGUCGCGUGGCGAGACAAUCGAUCAAAUGUUGGAGGCGGCGUUCUACUCAUACCAUACACGCUGCAGCUCCCCUUUCGGCGCACUGCGGUCUCUGACGUUGGGCAUUGAGCUUCUUCGACUCAGAGGCGGAAGCUGCAUCGACGACGCCGUACGGUGGGGUAUCCGUCUUUUGGACUCGAAGAUACUCGGUUCCGUUGGCGACGCCCUCAUGAAGGAACGUCUGGCUGUUUGCUACGCUUCGAAACCGGGCGUCGGCUCCGGCGCUUGGGGUCACCGGAAGCGGAAGUCAGCCAUGUGGUGCAUUCUCGCAGGGGAGGCCUGGCAUACGCAACAAAAAUACAUUCAGUCGCAGCGAUGCCUCAACGAGGCCGGUCGGAUAUACUCGGAGUUCCCGCAUGAGAACGGCAUCUCCAAGUUCAACCUUGCCAACGACUUUGUGAGCGGUCUGCAGCAUGAUCUCGACGACAAACUCGAUGUGAAUGGCGAGGGUAAUCAGUCGCCAUCUCAGGGUGUCGAAGAGCUCAUCGUGGAUGAGGAAAGCGAGCCUCUGGAUCUCCGAUCAAGGAGGGCGAGCAUGAUGGGUCGUGGGGCGGUGCCGGCUGCCAGUCUCGAGACUGCACCGUUGCAUGAGGUGACAUCGCCUGUCAAGGAGAAGGCAGACGGUUCCGUACAGGAUGAGUUCGGCUAA